AGGGGGCCCGCUCCACUGAUAAUGAAAGGGUCACCCCCCCCUUUGGCGCACUGCAACUGUACUGCCACUGUCCCUGCGGCGCAAUCCACCAUCUUUUUUCGCAGGCGAGCGUCAGAUUUAAUCUCAGCCCAAAAACAAUCUUCCACUCCUUCAAAAGCUCACGCAACGCCAAGCCGCUCGCCGGUCCUUUCUCUCCCUCUCUUUUUCAAUACUACUUCUUUUUAAUAAUAUCUCUCCCCCGCAAAAAUGUCAUCCUCACCGAUUCUUGGUCCCGAACGAAAAAACUCCUACGAUGAAGAACGCCUCGAAUGGGCAACGCCCUCUGUGCCAAAGAAGUACCUCCGUCUGCCAAGACUGCGCCGCUCGACCGUGAUCCUCCUUCUCAUCGACUUCCUCAUCGUCGCUGUCCUUGUCCAUGCUUUUUACCCGCUUAUCACACUGCUGCGUCGGAAUGAGGAGCUGUUUGGUGCGAGAUUAACGCUGCCCCUGAAUGAUACGUCGUUUGGCGAGGAUUUGCCCGCGCAGAGGACGAUACCGAGGAUUUUUCACCAGACGAGUGCGAAUGAGACCAUUCCUGAGGCUUGGAAGGAUUUGGUAAAGAGCUGCAAGGAAACUUACUCUGAGUUUGAGUACAAGCACUGGACGGACGAUAAGGCUCGCGAUUUUAUUUCGGAAGAGUAUCCUUGGUUCCUCGACACUUGGGACACUUUCCCUUUCAACAUUCAACGUGCCGAUGCCAUUCGAUACUUUGUCCUUCACCACUAUGGCGGUAUCUAUCUCGACAUGGACACGCUCUGCAACGCGACAAUCCCCCUGCACCAGAUCGAGUCCGACGGCAGCAAGCACCACGCCGUCUUCAAGAGCACAACACCCACCGGCGUCUCCAACGACAUGAUGAUUACCUCCGCGCACCAUCCCGCCUUCACAAAAGCCCUCUCCCGAAUCCAACUCUACAACGACAUAACCCGUCCCUGGGCACACAUCCUCCCGCACGUCGCAGUAAUGGUAUCCGCGGGACCGCUCUUCCUCACCAUGGCGCUGAAGAACUACCUUCUUGAACAGCCCUCGCUGCCUGAGACUACGGUGCAGGUGAUCAAUGCGACUGAGCUUGAACCUUAUUUGACUGAUUACGAGGGCGCGUCGUGGCAUCACGGCGAUACGAAGGCGAUAAUGUGGUUGGGUGAUCGGCCGUGGGUUUGGUACCUGCUCGGUGCGAUUGGGCUGGGCGCAGGGUUGUAUUUGAUCAACAUGCUCAUGAUGAAGUGCUGGGGACGGUUCUUUGAGAAGGCUUCUAGUGAUGAGGCCAAGGAUGCUAUUAAACUCACGUAGAAGGGGUUAUGCUUAAUUAUAUAUGACUAUAAUAGUUUUAAUGGCAGCGAUGUUAAUUCACAA